AUCGGUAUAGAGCGUCAUUAGGCGAAAUUUAGCUAUUUGAAAAGAGUGAUUUUUUAUUUAUUUAUAGUUAUGCGGAAGUCACAAUGAGUGUUUCUCUGCAAGAACUUGAGCACGCUGCUCAAGUCGUGUUGGCCCCUCCAAAUAUUGUGACAUCGGAUCAAAGACAUACUGCAGAAGCUGUUAUUCUCACAUUCAGAAAAUCUAAACUCCCUUAUGAUACCUGUAAACAUAUCUUGGAGACCAGUAAAAAUGACUACGUGUUAUUCCAAGCUGCUACCACAAUAAAGGAGAGCAUUAUCAGGGAAUGGUCACUGCUAGAUUCCAGUCAGAUUGAAUCCCUCAGAGCGUACCUUUUGAGACAUAUCACACAGAAUAUCACUUUGCAGAGCUAUGUCAGAGAGCAGAUAUUACAGACUGUCGCCGUGAUUCUGAAGAGAGGGACAGUGGAGCUUAAGAGCUCAAACACAGACCGAUUGUUUGAUGAUAUCUCCCAGCUCAUCAGCAGUGGAAAUGUUACGAUGCAACUGGUAGCCUGUUCAAUGUUGAUGUCGCUCUUAAAUGAGUACUCCACAACAAGUAGGACCAGCUCCGUUGGACUUACUUGGGAAUUCCACAUGAAGUGUAAACGAAUAUUUGAGGAAAAUGAUCUGAAGCGGGUCUUCCUCUUCUCUUUGAAAGUCCUGCAUGAACUAGAGAAUCAACCCAGUCCUCUGACACGGGAAAAUAUGGCUGUCUUUAACCGAUUCUUGACAAUUACGGAACAAGUCCUUAACUGGGAGUUCACUCCACCUAGAGCUUACUUCCGACGAAAUGCUGGAUGUUUUGAAGGCAACACAAACACCGUACUCAGGCCCUGUGAGUCUUGGAGGGACACAAUAUUGGAUAAAGAUCUCCUCCAUCUGUGUUUUCAGAUCCACAAGAAGAUUCGUCACAACUCUGAGAUGGCUCACCAUUCCUUACAGUGUAUAAGUCAGCUGGCCUCUCUAACAGGGCCGGUGUUUGCUGAUGACUCGGCCAAGUCACAGUACCUCGGCACCUUCCUAACCAGCUUUCUCACCAUGCUCACCAGCAUUGAACUACACGAUUACGAGUCCCUGGGAAUCUCAACAGCGUGCAAGAACCUGGUGGUUAUGUUCCCUCCCCGCUGCUGGCUGGCCUUGCCCCCAGAGGUCAUGGAAACAUACAUUCGUCACAUGACCCAGUUGACCUGUACCCUGGGGCGACAUGCAGCACAGGAGGAAGCUAUGCACAGAGACAAUACAAUCUACAUGGAAGCGUAUGAGAAGAUCCUGGAGUCCUGGAUGCAUCUCUUGUCAGACCUCACCAGUCUGUCUCCUGACUUCACCUCACCCUGUGUCAAGAGCAUGUUUGACAGCUAUCUACAGUGCCAUCUCAGUGCUCCAGAGGGGGUGCGCAAUCAGCUGACCUCUGGUACUGAUGCGGAGGAUGAGGAGAUUAAUGAACUGGAGGAAGAUGAUCGAGAAAAGUUCAGUGAUCAACUGUGUAGUGUGGGACUGUUUGGGCGGGCUGUGACUGACCACUCUGUCUCAAUAUUAGCCAGACUUCUUGAGGACCGCGUCCAUCGGCUGCAUGGUCAGUUGCAGCGUUUACAACAACACCAUGGCAGACUGGCCAAUGGUCAAGAGCACGUGGACAUGACGAUAAUCAACACUCUGAAUGAAGACCUGCAUUGGCUGGUGCUUAUAUCAGCACAUGUAUUAACUGUGGAAGCUGAGGGGGAGACUCCCAUGAUCCCUGCUCCUAUCAUGGAGUACUCAAUCAGCAUGUCCUCAAAGGUGGAUCUGACAACGACCCUGAAGGUGCUGGCAUCGCCCAGUGAGCGGGUGGAGAGCAUUCCUGGGGGCGACCAGACAACAGACCCUGUCGUCAGGUUGAUCUCUGCCGUAUUCCGGCUGUGUGAGGUGGAGAAGAGAGCCGUGGAUGCUCAGCUCUCCUGUUACCUCAGCCCUCAGGUCAGCCAGACCACCAUGUGGUUCCUACGCAGAUGGACCCGCAGUUAUCUGUUACCAGAUGAAAAUUACUACAGUCAGAUCAGCAUGACUUUGUCAGCAGCUUUUGGCCGUCACACAGAAGGGGGGCAGUGGACGGUGGGGUACCUGCUGGACAAGAUACUCUCUAACCUGUCUGUGUGGGCAGGAGAAGAAGCCCUGAUGAAUGACACCUUACAGCUAUUGGUUGCUUUGGUUGAUAAUCGAGCCAGGUGCAAUACAGCCUUAAAGUGCCAAAGUUUAUGGACAAUUGCCAAACAAGAGUCAACCAAUCAGACGCCAUUUGACAUCCUUCCAUCAUCCUCCAAGCGGUACUUGUUAAAAGCCUUGGUACUGGCCGGUUCAGGGUCUCUUGAACCUCAUAUUAAAGAAGAAUACUGGAAAGUGGUGCUUCAGUCAGUUCAUGAGAGAUUUGAACGGUUAGUCUGCAAAGAGAACUUCACAAAAUCUUGUCACCUGAGCGGGGCAAAGUUAGAAACCAUAAGUCUACUGGAAUCCCUCUGUGGGAUAGCACUGGCUGCAAGGGGAGACAACUAUAAGCUCAUCUUUGACUUUCUUCAUCCUCUUUUGAGGGAAAGUGUGAAAUUACUGGAUCUGUAUCACAAUUACGAGGAAGUGGUUCCGUUAAUUCUGCAGCUCUUUUCUGAGGUGAUUCAGAGACAAAUCUGCUUCUUGUCUCAGAGUGACUCUCAGAAGCUGUAUACGGAUUGCCUGGGGGUGAUACAGAUGUACUCUAAACACAACAUAGGUCAUAAAACAGCCGUCAAUGCUGCGGAAGAAGAGGAGGAUAAAUUUCAGGACAUCCUCCUCGUCACAGAAAUCCUCACAAAUCUCCUCUCCAAGGAUUUUGUGGAUUUUGGAGAAGAAGAUGCCUCACCAGGAGAGAAGAUAGAGGUGUCUGAUGUGAUACUGUAUGGCCUGAACAUUCUCAUACCCGUCAUGAAUGCUGAUUUACUAAGGUUCCCGACUUUGUGCUUGAGUUAUUUUAAGUUGGUCUCAUUCCUGAUGGAGGUCCACCCGGAGAAGUUUGUUGUCCUACCAGAGUCUCAUUUCAAAAUGUUUAUGGCAUCGGUGGAGCUUGGACUCAACUCGUAUGGUAUUGCUAUCACCAAACUGGCCAUGGAGAUUAUCCAGGCUCUGGCCACCCAUGUACUAGAGACUUCACCAGCUACUGCAUUCCUAUAUGAGGCGCUGACACAUUUUCUGAAGUUGGUUUUCAAGAUGCUUCUCCUGGAGAGUUUUGACAUGAUAUUGUUAGACAUUGCCAGCACCUGUUUCUUCUCCCUCAUCUGUUCACGCAAGGAGCAGUACCACAGCCUAGUGACAGAGUUGUUAAAGAGCCAGACGGUGCCAGAGUACAAGGAGAGACUGACCUCUGCCUUUAACCAGCUCACCCCAGUCUCUCUGUCCCUCACCCUCACCCCUGAGAACAAACACAUCUUCAUGGAGAACUUUGACCGCUUCUUAAUGGAUGUCCGUGGCUUUCUGUGCGUCAGGUGACCCUAACCAGGAUACAGAGUUGGUCCUUUUUUAGUGCAUAUUUGCUAUUUUGCAGAGCUGAUACCAACCAGUGCGGUGCUAUGAAUUUGUUUGGUAUUAAGGCUGCAGACUAAUCGUGUCUUGUUCCAUUUAUCAGCAGAAAUAGGCAUACAAUUGAGCAGAUUUCUUGUGGGUGUCAAUAUUACAGUUUUGUCCUCAUCAUCACACACUAGUGAACAUUUUCAACAGCAUUCUUAACAAACUUUCUGAAAACAAAAAUUUUGUUUCUUGGAGACAGUGAAUACUGCAUGUAUUCAAUCCCAUCAUCCAUCCAUGGCUAAAUUUACUCAUUUUGGCUGAUUUGGAGUGUUUUGUUGAUCUUUAGUAUACAGGAGUUUUGAGAUUUGUGAAGAAGGUGGGAUGAUUUCAUACCGGAAAAAGGUAAAUUUCAGCACCAAAGGUAAUAUUGGUGUCAUACAGGCAGUGUUAUUCUGGCUUAAUUUUAGUGCAAAUACAAUUUGGCUGUCUAAAUCCACACUGGAAAUCAUGCAAAAGACCUGGGUGCAGUUGUGAUAUAACUGAAUUGAAAUGCGUGAGCGAUAUCGGUAAAGGGUAUUGCUUGUGAGUGCUCAAAGAGCUUGUGUUGAUGGACAUUCCAAAAGGUUCCUUUGUACUUAUGGCAAUAUAGUGGGAACAUUUUGUUGGAGGUUUUGGAUAUUGUUUUAAACAAAUUAUUGGACAAAAACGUGUAUAGCAUAUCUAUUUUUUAAAUGAUUGAAAUAGAUAUAUACAUGUAUAUGUUUCAAAUUCAUCAUGUAUGAUAGAUUAGCGACUGAAGUAAAAUACAUUUGGUGUUCACCUUAUUCUAUGCUAGAGUCAUAAAAUUGUGCAAUUUACUCUCUGGCCAAAGAACGUGCCAUCAAUUUUAUCAGAAAUUCUUAUUCAGAAACAUUAUUGGGAAAAAUUUAAUUCACAUACAACCGAUGUUUGACAGUGAUGUUUGGCAGCAAGAGUCAGCUGUGUUAAGUUGGCGCUUGGAUUUACAAAGUCCCUCUAAUUACCUGUAGACAGUAAUUAGUCUACACUGGCUGAAAAGCACAUUUACCUGUACUGUAUUUGGCCUAAAGUUUCCUCCAUGACUUAAGUACUCAUUUUGCCUAAUUGGGAGAAUUCUAUUGUUCUUAGAAAAGUGUUUUAAGGUUUAUUUGCUAUAAAGUGGAAUGCUAUCCAACUGGAUAAAAAUAUAUCAGAAAGUUUCAAAAGUUUCAGAACCAAAAAUAACAUUUUAUUACCUUUAUUUACAUCUGAAAUUCCUGUUUUGGUGCAAACUUUUAGUUCAAAUACAGUAUGAACUAUGUCAGUAUUUAGCUACAGCAGCUAGACUGUCUGAGACAGAGCACAGUAAAUGGCCAAUAAUUUCAAACAAAGUCACUCAGAAGUCAGGGAUUUGUCACAUUAGGCGGGGUCUAUUACUCUUACAAUUUUUGACCCCACGCAAUGAUGCCUGUGUACAUGUUGGUUUUUAAGAAAAAUUAUUGUCAAAGCACGUUUAUUCUUCGCUUGGCGCGCUACUUAAUACUUGGAGAAAAUUUUCCUGAAUUAUUGGUGGUUUACAGUACAUGUUUAAAUGAGUAUCAACUAUAAUUUGUAACGCUUCAGUGUAUGUGGAACAGUUUGUGGCUAUUCAAAUUGAAAAUGAAUAAAUAAAGAGAUGAUGUAUUUCAGCACUGGCUGGGUCGUCUCUUACAAAGUUUUCUCAAAGGGAUGUCACCAUCUUUUGCAAUGAUAGUGACACACAUUACACAGUAUGGCGAAUUUGUAUCGCUGCCCAUGCGAGAACGAGGUUUAGAAUGCCAAAAUUUAACGCGAGAUCACUGUUCUCGAAGGAGAAUUUCACUUCCCAUUUCUCCAAGGUGGAACAUAUUGAAAUAAAGUGCCCUCUGUGCUUUUUUUUUUUUUUUUUUUUUUUCUUCAUCUUGUACUCAUUGCGAUCAGGUGACGCGAGAAUGCCCUGGAUUUAAAUACAUCCAUUCAUGUUGCCAUGGACGUGACAUCAAGAGAAUCCUGUGACUGCUUCGUAAUGCAGGCCCCCAGCAGAGGUGACAACAUCCUUAGCUUAAUGCUUUGAGUUUUGUUUAUGAUUUUUUUAAAAUUUACGAAUAAAAAUGUUGUACCAAAUGUGUGCAGGCUUUCUUCCGACUAUUCAAGAUAGUGUAGUCCAUCUUAAAAUAAGUAUUUAAUACUGUUAGUAAAAAUAAAUGUGGAGAAGCAAACACGGAUUUGAAGCGAGACGCAAUGGACAUGGUGAACCGUGUGGAGGUGCUGAUAAGUUUUAAUAGGUUUCUGUGGUAUUUGAGGUCCAGUGUUUCAUAAUGUUAGCAUCUUGAUCUUCACAACAUUUCUGAAUAUAGGAAUGUCUAUUUGAGUCUUGUAUAUA